GCUGCUGACAACAAACUUGAUUGAUUUUUGACACCUGAGAAAGAAUAUCGACUGGAAAAUGCCUGGGUGCUUUUCAAAAUUGGCGGAGAGAGUGCGUGGACGUCGGCGGCCUACUGCGUCGACAGGUUGUUCAAAUUCAUUUGUGGCUUGUUUUUCUUGUCUUUUUCUGUUUUGCAGGMUUCGUGAUUGUCGACAGGUGGACAGCGACAGCGACUUCGAAGAUGAAACAACUGUCCUGGAUGAGGUCCAGUUGGAUGUGCCAUUGGAUGAUGUGCCAGAUGUUCCACAGCUGCCAGUCCUCCUUGGUGUCCAGAAUGCUGCUAUCAUCCUUGAGGAUGUGCCAGAUGUGCAGACUAUCCUUGAGGAGGCCACUGGCAAUUGGCAGUUGAUUCCGAUUAGGUUCAGCCCCCUGUACUGUGGGCCUGUUGUGAUCAGGAACAAUGCCGGUCCGGUGGUUAAAGCGUGGAGAACUUUCCAGUUCAUCAGCCCCAUCAUCACCUACAUGCGUGGGGGAUCCCAGCAGGUGGUGGUGAGGAUGCACCACGUGAGUAGGGUGAGAGGCCUGGAGACUCAACUGGUGUGGGCCAUCUCCAAGGAGACAGCCAGGCUUAGUCCAGAGGGCAUCCCCUACUGUGCCACCAAAGUGCAGUCCAUCACUUGGAUCCAGCGUGUGGCUGGCAGGGUGACCCACUAUGCGUCUCACCUCCGCCACGAGACGUCUGUGGACGUGACGCUUGGCUGCUACCAGCAGACUGAUGUCUCAGUGGUGUACGCCACUCUCCACAUGGGGCUGGAUGGGCUUCUCUCCUCUUCAGCGUGGUCAGAGGCUGCCUCCUUCUCUACACCCACCACUCAGCAGUUCACUGACCCAGAGCCUGAGGGCCACAACUGCUAUGAGGGCUGGGAGGAGGACCUGCUGCCUGAGGAGAGGGAGGUUCCUCUGCUAAACCUCUACCUUACCACCAAGAGAGUGGAGGACAUCGCCCUGAGGCUCGUCUCCCUGCGCCAGGCCUUCACU